GAGCCGUCAAGAAAAGUGGAAACAGCGGAGAGAGCGGAAUCCUGUGGGGGAUCUCUUCGUCACCGAAAAGCGGCGCAAAUGACGGAAUCAAAACGCAACGUGAACCCCGUGUUUCUUUUGCGCGCCGACAUAGACUGCUUUGACUCUAAAAGUGUAUACAUUACAUUCACGAUGUUCACCUCGGCAUUGCGUCUUCCCAUUUAAGCUUCGCCUGCCCGUUUGCAGACGGAUCGGAUUCGUGUUUUUGUCGUUCCAGUUUUUUAUGCGUUAACGCUUUCCCGAAACUCCAACGAGAUCAAAAAACGGUUGUGUCUGCUCGGCAGUUUCCGCUUACGCACUUCCGUGUACAUGCAGAGAGCUUUCUACGGAGGCUCCGUCAGCUUCUUUGCUGUAAAAGGCUCCACAUUGGAUCGGAAGUCGCGCCUCAAGAACUAGCACGAGCAGGCCUGCACCUUCGUGACAGAGAGACACCUCGUUGUUGAAUUCGCGGGGACAAGAGAGCCGGCGUGAAUCGAAGCGGGAACCACAGGUUUUCGUUGGAAGUCCUUCGCCACCCCGAAAAAACCAUGUUGGGAAGGCCAUUCAGGUGCGGUGUAAACCGGAUAGCUCUGUACAACGCCUGAGGAUACUAAGACGCGUCGACGAACGAACUGCGCUGCUGAUGUAAGGCAAGGAGAGUCCCGGACUCUUGAUUCUACUUGCUCCGCUGCUUCACAAACAGCGUCGUCGGCGCGAAAGCACAACCGUUUGAGUCGUCCAGACACACCUGCCGCCCACAGUGCGGUCGUUGAACUGUAGCCUGUAGCAGUGAUCUCAGUGCCAAUUUGGACGGGAGAGAUGGGAGCUGCUUGUUUCCGUCCGAAACGAAACGCCCGAGGGGGGAGCGUUUCUCUUGAGCGCGGAGACACAACGACAUCGAGGGAGCGACGACCAUUCCCUCCAAAAAAGCAGCGAAUUUCGCGGGCGCGCUCCGCUGCUUCUCCUGGACCAAGAAGCCAGACCCAAAUUACUUCCCGCCAAAGCCACAAAACGCUCUUUUUGACGAGGGCAUGAAGAGCUGGAAAAAGGACCUCCCCAGAUCCCCUUGCCUCCUUCGUCAGCGUUUUUCUUCAGAGGCCCCCCCGUUCGCGUGUGGCGCAUGCCUGGUGUGUUCGGCCUCGACAUAGGUGUGCAUCGUUCAGGGAGCUUUUUCCUGUUUCCUCGCGUCGAACUUGUCCUUUUCCGGCCUUUCCUGCCCGCAGGCUUUCGCCUGAGAACUCCCCGCACCACCUCGACGCCCCGGAUUUCUUCUAAAAUCGAGAUUCCGCUCCUUUUCGACAUCUAGAGAGCCCCCUUUAGGCGACACAUGCUGCGAUGAGACGACAGGCAGCAACCAGUGAAAACGUAAAGGCGUGAACGAACGAGAGCAGCUCGAGAACCGCAUUCGAUUCGAGGCUCUUUCUUUGCCUAUAACAGUCAGGUUUUCGGAGACAGAGACUCUUCUUGGAGGAUACCAGUACGCGAGGAAACUUCCAACGUGUCUUGUGGCGGAAGUCACCUGCGGCAAGCGCAAGCGACAGACCUCUCUCUGUCGCAGUUCUUCUGCGCAUCCUGUUCUGUGACGCGGCAAGUCCACCUUGUAGGUGUCGAGACAGAAGAGCGCUUUCCUGCGGUUCUUUCUCCCCUCUUUUCUCCAUUCUCUGCCGGCAUGCGUCUCCCGAGUCCAUGAGACACCAAACGAAGAUGGAGAGGACGCACGCGACGUCAGAAAACCGGGCACCCUCUGCUGGGGCUUCCGAGACAGCAAAAAAUGAAAUAGAUGCUCGGCUUAUCACCGCGGCCGUCGCACUCUCCAUGAGUGACGUCGACGAACAAGACUUCGACUCUAUGAUCGCGAUGUAUGGAGAAGAAGAUGAACAACGAGAAAUCCUCAUCAAAAAAUCCAGUUCCGGGCAUGUGUGCUGCAGGGAGAUUUUAAAACUGGCGAAACAGGCGAUUUUCGCGUUGCACAGACGAGACGUGGAUCAAUGUCAGCGAAACAUCAAACACUGUCGGAAACUCGUCGCAGAGACACAACCGAUCACAGAGGGCUUUCCCGCUCUUCGCUUUCUUGGCAUCUACGUCGGCGCUCUGGAAGAGCUGGCUGAAGCUGAAAUCUUUUUUUCGUUUAUUUCUGAGCGCCGACUUCCUCGCUUCGCCUCUCUGCAUCCUCUUCGCGUUGAGGAGUACUUGGGAGGCCUCAUGGACUUCACUGGAGAACUCAAUCGCUUUGCCGUGCUCCGAGCUGUGGAACAAGACCUCGAGACAGUGUCUCUCUGCAGAGACUUUGUCAAUAAAAUCCACGAGAAAAUGCUGCUUCUCGACUUGCGCAACUCACCUCUGCGGCGGAAGUAUGACACGCUCAAGUACACGGAAAAGAAGCUCGAGUCUCUCUGCUACGAACUUCAGAUGGGGAUACGCCUCAAGGGCUUCCUUCCUCCCUCAAUGACUCUGGAGCCUGAACCUAUGUCCAAGUCCGACGCCGAGGAAAAGGAGGAAGGAAAAUAAAUUCUUCAAAACCGAGUUCCCGCAUCGCUCCUCUGCGUACACCCCACGCAGCGCGUGCGUACUCGGCAGGGAACGGUUUUUUUACUUUCUUCUGAAUUAUCUUGUGCUGGACGAGUGCCGGUCCAAAGCAACUAAACGGAGCUCGACGCGGCGCGAUUAGAAACCGGCUGGUAUCGCACCUCGAACGCGAGUCGAAUUCGCUGAGGUAAAAAUGCAGGGUUCAACUGUGUGUUUCUAAAACUCGCGAAAAGCGGGUCCCGCAGCUUCGUAAAGUCUGCGUUCGUCAGGGAUAGUCGACCGAAGCGGCGAUGAAAGAUAGAGGUACCUUGGAUGCGCGUAGUUCUGCGGCGAGGCGUCGAGCGACGCUUGGAAACUCAGUUUUCGCGCCGUUCCAUCUCACGGUCUCGGUGACGAGAGACACCCUUGUUGAGAGUUCGGCGAAACGAGAGAGAAUACAGAAAGACCCAGAAGAAGGCGAGGAGAACAUUCAUCUCUCUUGCCUGAUACACGAGGGGGGGUUCUUGGAUGUCGAGGGGGAGGGUCUUCUCAGUUUUUACCUCUUCAAAAAAAGAGACAACAAACGAGGAGAGAAUAAACGCGUUUUCGCCGACUCUCUGUUUUCCCGGACGAACGGGCUUGCUUGAAACACACCAGUUGCUGCUUGUGUUGGAGGACCGGCACCUCCGUAGACACCCCUGACUGCGAGAGAGCCUGGACCGUCCAGACGGAAGCGAAACAUCACUUGACUUCUGCGAGUGCAGCAGUUUCUGGGCAGAGGCCGUGCUCGUGACGAAAGGCAAAUGCAAGAAGCUACGGUGUUCUCUCAUGUCCCUUUCAGUGUGGCUUUGAAGCUUUCAGAACGUCAUGUUUCGGGGACAUUCUGCCGCCAGGUUUGGUGCCUGUGUAAAAGCAACUGUGUGGCCGA